AUGGUCCAGCCCCACCUCCUCCUGACAGCCCUGAUGCUCUGCUCCAGCCCUGCCUGCUCACCAGGCAGCCCAGUCCCCUGGAGCCCUGGCCACCAACUCAAGGAAAUCCUUCGCCUGCUAGUACAGCUGCAAAUGACCCCCUCUCACAAAUGCCUGGAUGACAACAGACCUGAAUUCAGGCUUACAAUCCAGAAGACAGAAGCCACCUGUGUGAACCAGCUGAUGCUCCAGCACAUCUUCAACCUCUUCAAGACUCAGGAAGCCCGUGCUGCCUGGGACACGCAGGUCCUGAAGGAACUACUCUCCAGGCUUGCUGAGAGUCUGGAACCACUGGUCAAGUCAAGGGAAGAACCUGUGUUUUGUACUCAGCCAAGACUCGCUCUGCUCAAGUAUUUCAGGAGUCGGUUUUCUUACCUGCAGAAAGAGCGAUACAGCUCUUGUGCUUGGGAGGUUGUCAGAGAGGAAGUGCGAAAGUCCCUUUCCCACAUCAGCGAUUUUCACACAGAAGUCAGCAACUAG